UCAAAUGAAGAACCCUUUGCCGAGGAAGGAAUCUAUACUGGGGAACUAUUUUCCACCAAGGAAAUCAGCAAAAAGGCAGUUGAUGGAAAACCCAAAUGACGAGUCUGAGGAUUCAGACAGCUCGCUAACAGAUUCAAGUCCGAAAAGACUCUCUAUAGCUGAAGAAAGAGAAGACAAAACUACCUGCCAGUCAGAGAAAACCAUGAGCGCAUUGCAUGACCUGCAGCGUGUGUUUAAGGUGGUGUUUUUGGGGAACUCUGCAGUAGGAAAGAGCUCGUUCAUCCAUCACUACUGCAGCGGCCACUUCCCCAAUAACUUGGCCUCAACUGUGGGAAUGGAUUUUCAGGUCAGGAGUGUGAUGCUUGAUUCAACACCAGUCGCUCUGCAACUGUGGGACACCGCAGGGCAGGAGAGGUUCCACAGCGUCACGCAGCAGUACUUUCGCAGAGCAGACGGAAUCAUCGCUAUGUAUGACAUCACGCAUGAGCCGUCAUUCACGGCUGUCCGCCAUUGGUUGGAUCAGGUGCAGGAAAAGAUGGCUGAGGGGGCGUGUCUGAUGUUGCUAGGCAAUAAAACAGACCUGGUGGCUGCAGACAGGAGGGAGGUGACAAGAGCACAAGGCCGCAGGCUGGCGGAGCAGUACCAGGCUGAGUUCUAUGAAUGCAGUGCUAAGAGUGGACAGCAGGUGGAGGAGGCCAUGACCCACCUGACCAGGUUACUUGCCUCACAGGAGGACAAGCAGUGCGAGUCUGUGCUCCGUCUGGACGUCUCUGCCAACAGAGGGCGCUGCUGCAAAUAAUUGGAGCAUCACUUCAGAAUUCAGCGACGACUUGACUCAUGAAUAUUAAUUAGGUCACUUGACGCUCAAAGAAUUUACAAACAACCUAUGAAUAUUCAUAAGCUAAAGGAUUCGAAGUGGAUAUAGAGUCCACCUCUGAACAUCAGCUAAAUUGAUAACCAUUUUCAGCAAGGUAAAAAGUUAUAAAACAGUAUCAGGAACAGUGCUAUGAUCAUUUUAACAUUACUACACACUCCAACUGGCGAUCUGUUACACAACACUAUAUGUGUGGUACACUUUUUAUACUCAAAUACAUUUAUCAUCAUCAGUCUAAUGUUAGAAAGUAAUGCCUGCAUGAGUAUUUUCAUAAUAAUUAUUAGUAUUAAUUUGUGGACUUGGACCAUAAAAUGCCAUUUUUGGGAACACAAAAUUAAAAGUUAUGUUUGCAUGAACUGUUUUCUUUGUAAAUAUUGUAAAUAAACACUCUAUCAGUUA